AUGGAACCCGCAAAAUCGUACAUACCAGACCUUGAUCGGCAGUCGCUAGCCGUUGAUUUCAUCGAAAAUCGCCUAGGGAAGUACCACCCAGGAUUUGCGACGCCGCCUGCUCGGUACGAUCCGGCCCUCGACAGCUUCAUAAUCUGGACACCGCCAGUAGAUGUAAAAAUGCAGUUGUCACAGACUGCCACUACGCCACAACAAGGGGAUGUCCAGAUUUUCCCAAGGCCGCCCGCAAAGCCUGUAGCGGCUCUAAAAUUCUGGGACCUCCUAUUCGCCCGCGCCAUGAGCCAAUUCAAGAUGGCUUCGGAAGAACCGAAGGGCCGCGAAACGGCUGGAUUCAGUAUCCGGGACAAGACCCACUGGACUGCCGUUUUUGACCAGCUGGAGAAAGCCAGAGAUGUCUACUUCGAAGGGAAAAAGCCUACAAGCACUGUUAGGAACGUUUAUCGCAAGCUGGCCGAUCGGGCCGCCCCCGUCGCCCUCGAUGUCACCAAGCUGGUUCCAGACAUGAACAGUGUGUUUGUGACGCCUGUCGUGGCCUCGAUUCGGAUUAUCCUAGAGGCAGUCCAGAAAGCGGCAGAAGUCAGAAAGGAGAUGCAAUGCGCCUUCGACGACAUCGAUAUAAUGUUUUCUGAGAUUGAGCUCUUUCUUCAGGCAUUUCCAGGUGAUGAAAACAUCGUUCAGGCUUCCGUCGAGUUGAUCAUGGCUACAUUCUCUGCCAUUGAAGCAGUCAUUGGAUUCUUCCUGAAAUCUGCCCUGAAUCGAAUGGGCCGGGCCAUCCUCAGCAGGGAGAAUUACGAGCAACAACUGCUCGACACGCUUCAGAACGUUGAGUCUAAGAGCCAACGGCUUCUUCGCGAGGCAAAAAAUUCUGGCCUAUUGGUCAUGAGUGAGGGGAUGCGGCGGAUUCUUGCUCGUCAGGAAAAAUUACACCACGAGAGCAAAGACUACUUCAAAUUAAUGCUUGACACCCUUUUGAAGGAACUUGCGGCCAACAGAAAAGAACUGAACUUUCUUCAUGUCGCUGUCCAAUCUAUCUCACGCCCAGCAUCACCCAACCCUCCGCCCUAUGAGAGCGCUGCCCAACGCCACAUAGACCCACAAGACCUUCUUGACUGGAUUAACAUUCCGAAUGUGGCAGAUUCUGACCUAAAGUUCAUCAAUGAGAAGAGACAGAUACGGGUCCCGAUGAACGAGCAGGCACGCGCCGAACAGCUCAUCCAAGUGAGACAACUCAAAGACUGGAUGGUAUCCCCUACAUCAUCGCAGCUUCUGAUCCACGGGGACUACCAAGGCAAACAAGACAUCUCAGGCCUGUCCCUGUUCUGCUCGUCCCUUGCCCAGUCGCUUGUCGCCAGAGCUCCGCAGUAUAUACCCCUCGUUUUCUUCUGCGGUCUUCACACUGAUCGGAACGUUGACGAUUACACUGGAGGCCUCGCAAUCAUCCAGAACUUCAUUUGCCAACUUCUAUGCCAGUUCGACUUUGACAAGAAAUUGUUGGCCAACGACGUGGGCGAAGACCGCAUCCGGGAUGGAGAUAUCGGCAAGUUAUGCAGCUUGUUCGAGUUGCUCGUUAAGCAACUACCCAGUACUGUCGUGCUGUUUUGUCUAAUAGACGGCAUUGUGUAUUAUGAGAGGAAGGAGUUUGUGAAUGACCUGGGACUCGUGCUGGUAACACUGCUAAAGAUCUCAGAGCAGAGCGACCAGGCAGCGGUAAAAGUUCUUGUCACCAGCCCAACCGUGACAACAUCUGUUAGGAAGCCAUUUCCGCAUGACCUGAUUUUGUCUAUGGCAUCAAUGGCUCACUCGGACAAGGUUGCUAGCAAAUGGAGGCUAGAAAGACAACUGAGAGUCUCGCAGGAACCACAAAUCGAUGACGAAGCUGGAUGA